CUGUGACGUCAGGAAAUGCAGCGACUAUAAAGGGGCCAGUGCCCCUCAGCAGCCGCCAUUGUCCGUCCUUCUGAGCUGUUGGGAGGGUGAGCCCCACAUGGCUGAGCCUGGCUGUGAGACCUCUUCGGAGGAAUGCCUGGGCACUAAAGAGCCCAGGGAAGCCGAACCAGAGACCCCGAAGAGGAAGAAGCCAAGGCGUCAAUGCCACCGUCGCUGCCGGCGCAGCCGCUCAGACAGUUUCGCCAUCUACUUCCCCAGGGUUCUGAAGCAGGUUGACGAGGGUCUGAGCCUCUCACAGAAGGCUGUGAGCAUCAUGGAUUCGUUCGUUAAGGACAUCUUCGAGCGCAUCGCUGACGAGGCCUCUCGCCUGGCCCGCUCCACCAAGCGCUCCACCAUCACCUCCAGGGAGAUCCAGACCGCCGUACGCCUGCUGCUGCCGGGGGAGAUUGGCAAGUACGCGGUGUCUGAGGCCACCAAGGCCCUCAUGAGGUACACCUUUAGCAAGUGAGCUGCCUCAGGACCACCUCACAAACCAAAGGCUCUUUUCAGAGCCACCUCACUUGGCAGAAAAAGACCUGUAGCUCUAAAAAGUGGGACAAACUCUAGUUUUUGUUCUUGUGGCAUUCUGCAGAUAUUUAAAGUAUUUUUUACCAUGAACAAAACAUGAUCAACUCUCCUUUAAAAUA